UACUGUCACUUGUGAGUGAGAUGGCUGCUGAGCAGCACAAGGUUUUCUGCAUAUUUGAGUUUGCUAAAAGUGAGUUGCAAGUUAUGAUGCAGCGAGCAUUUGUCUCAAAUUCAGUAUUCAACCACUAAAAAGUGGUUGAAUAAAAAAUUUCAAAGACCAGUUAAAAUUUCCCAUAGGUAUAACUGUAUAAAACACAAUGGAAAAUGCAAAAAUCUACCUAUUUUUCUAGGGAAGUUUUAAUUCCCUGCACUGCCUCUAAUUUUUUAUACCAGUACCGUAUUUGAGAUAUGAUAAUGAUGGUAUCCACAAUGCUUAACAUUGGCCCAAAAUUUUACAAAUCUUUAUCGAGGGAUUGUAACUCAAAAGGCUCUUGUUUGUCUCUAUGAUGCAAUGAUGAAGUCAUUGUGGACUGAGCUUUAUGAAUACGGUACUCUUCUGUAAGGACAGCAAUUGAGGGUCAGUAUAGAUUAUAGUUAACAACAAAUAGACAGAGAGAAACUAAAAUUAACACCCAUUUAUAAUAAAAAAAAUGAAACAGUUGCACCCUAUGUUCAGGAUUUUCUACUUGGAUAUGCCCAUUCGUCUGAUAGGUAUGCGACAACCUUAUAAGAAUGCUCAAGAGGUAUUCUUAGAGGAACAUCUCUCUAGCAAGGAACCUAUUGGCCAGUUCAAAGCAUGGUUUGAAGAGGCAUGUAACUGCAAGGGCAUCAUAGAGGCAAAUGCAAUGUGCUUAGCAACUGCCACAAGAGAUGGAUUUCCAUCAGCAAGAAUGGUACUCCUGAAGAGCUACGGUCCAGAAGGUUUCAAGUUCUACACUAAUUAUGGUAGCCGCAAGGGGAAAGAAUUGAUGGAAAAUCCCCGUGCCAGUCUUUGCUUCUAUUGGGAACCUCUCCAACGAUCUGUGCGUAUUGAGGGUAAAGUUGAGAAACUAAGUGCUGAGGAAUCGAAGGAAUACUUCCAGUCGAGACCGCGCUCCAGUCAACUUGGGGCCAACGUCAGUGAACAGAGCAAGGUGAUCUCCAGCCGCGAUGUUCUCACCACCAAAGAGGUUGAGCUGGCCACGAUGUUUGCUGACACUAGCAUCCCUGUGCCAAAACCUGAACAAUGGGGAGGUUUUGUUGUGGUGCCCCACGCAGUUGAGUUCUGGCAAGGUCAGAGCAACAGACUGCAUGACAGGAUCCGCUUCCGAAGACCCUCCUCAACAGAGCAGUUGUCUGAUUGCACUAAAGUUGGCGAGGACGGCUGGGUCUACGAGAGACUUGCUCCGUGAUAAUUUGCUGUUGACGCAUACUUAUCCAAUUUUAAUUUCGACAUCAAUAAUUUCAUUUAAUAAUUAUUUUCGCAUUUGAAGCAGACAUUACUGAAUGAAACGAGUGUAUUUUGUGUGUAAAUAUGGGCUAGGUAGUUAUUUGUUUGUUGUGAUAACGUUAAACUUUAUACAAUUUAUUCUUCGGAGUUUUGGUUAAUUUUUUUACGCCGGUGCAGACACUUCGUAGACCUUAAUGAGAUUGUGAUAAUCAAUUGAAAUCCACUCUAUGAAGUAGUUCAUGUUGAGCUUCCGAUAGUGAUCGAAGUCGCUGGUAUUAGAACAGAUAAAUUACGUAGGACCGUAAUUUACACGUUGGCAUUCAUCAGUUCAAAAGUUACCGAAUACAAAUACAAUCAGCAGGGAAAGGAUAGGAAAAGCUGUAGGCACUUGUAGGUGUGCAGCAAUUCAGAUAUACCAGAGGUAAGACCAAAUUUCUUGAAAUCGCUCUAAGGCACAAGCGCAACAGAGUGAGACAGAUGUUAGAGCGGCAGAUUCGAGAGAUAGCUUUUGCCGCGCUUCUCAGCAACCUUGAUGUUAACUGAUAAUGGAGCUGGUCGUCGAAACGUUUCCAAUGAAGAUGCUGUGAAUGUAAUUUUUGUUUUGUUCCCAGGUUUUGCUUUCUGUCUAACAUCCACUGCUUAUAUUUCCCAGCAGUUACGUCAAGAAAUUUACUGUUCAAAGAGGUUUUUUGGGGAUUGAAAUGUGACCGAUUCCGAAGAUUGACAAAAUAAGGUUAAUAAAAGAAUAUAAUACGGUACUCGUC